GUAGGUGCCGUCCCAAAGUCGUAGCAACAAAUGGUAUCGCUUCCGUUAAAGCUGUUUAAUCAUUACAUCAUGGAUAACAGGGAAAAUACUUGUUAAGUCAGCGGUAUAAGAACAAAGUUAGAUGAAUUAAUGUCAUCGGUGUUGUGUUUGUGAUACAGUUUUCGAUUCUGGAUUUACACACGGCCGGAAAGGAUUUUACGAGGAGCUCAAUUAUUCUGAAUAUUUUGAAUUUCUCGCCGAAAUCAGAGACCCUUCUUGUUGGAAUUAAAGGAGUAAUAACCAAGACAUGGAAGUAUAUUAUACAGCAUAAUUUCUGAGCUAAGUGGAAAUGGAAAGGGCACGAGUGGUUUGUCUGGCAAUCGCGUUAUCUGGCAUCUUAUCACUGAUGUACAGUCGGCUAUUGACGGACCAAUCACUGCAACUUCCAAGGGCGUUGCACUCAGACGCUACAAUUACAUCAGGUCAAGAACAUGACAAUACCAACGCUCCCACGGGAACUGAGGAACUACAAGAGAUCGAUACCGGGAUCGGGCCAUCCUUGAAGUCUGAACGCUCUACUUCGUCUUCGUCGUCAAGUUACCAUGGCAACGGCGUCUUGCAAUCUGGAGUGGAUCGUGGAGCUCUCGCUCGGCCGAAGAAUGGACUGGCGGAAAUUGGCCACCAAGUAGCGUCUUCCAAAAUUAGGAGCUUGAAGUUCCAAGACGAGCCUCUCGACCAAAGAACUACCGUUCCGCGUCGAGCAAACUCUGACGUUGGAAAAAAUAAAGAAGAGAUGAAAGAGGAAUCCUUCAAGCGCAAUAAGGAUGAGAAACAAAUGAAGUUCUUGUCACAUAUGAAUAAAUCAAACAUUCAGACUCCUUUGCCAGAGAAUGAUGCAGUUCUACCAGCUCAUUUAAUCAAAAGCAUCAGGGAACAACUAAGUGAAAUGAGAGACAAAUUUAAAAAGAAAUCUGCCCUUGUAUUUGAUCGAGCUCAUCUUCCACGGAACCUGACAUUACUAGGAAAAGCAAUCUUUCGGGUAGUGCCAGAAAAAUUCUUACCCGAAUAUCGCAGUCCUUGCUUUCAUUUACACGAAAAAGAUAAGUCGAGUCAGCUGGCUUGUCUACCCCAUGUGUUUCUUGCCGGAUUUCCGAAGUGCGCCACCACCGACCUGUUCAAGAAAUUGAUUUGCCAUCAUCAAAUUGUCGCAACUUCCAAAGAACCCCACUGGUGGACUCGAACACGAUUUACUAGGGAAAGCGUACUCCAUUAUUUAGGACACCAGACUAACCUCGUACAAAGGAUGGAAGAGACCGGAGAUAAAAGACUAAUUACAAUGGAUGCCUCAGCGAGCACGAUGUGGGACAACACAUACUCUCUUGGUAAAUUCGGUUCCAUUCGCCAUCCGCCCAAGUGGACCCACACCGAUGUCCUCAGGUCAGUUCUACCUGACGCACGGUUCCUUCUGCUUCUCAGGGAACCCACCGACAGACUGUACUCGGGCUAUAUGGCGUUUGACACCGAGUGGCGCACCCAGAAGUCACCGGAAGACUUUCACCAGCGUCUCGUCCGAUCAAUUCAAGAUUUCGGCGGCUGCAUGAAAAAUUAUCAGUUGUCGACAUGUGUGAAUUUCAAAUAUGACAUGAGAUUACGUGUAGGAAUGUACUCUGUCUUCAUACGAGACUGGCUGAAACGGUACCCGCGAGAACAGCUCCACGUUCUGAGGACCGAAGACUGGUCUAAAGACCCGGCGAAGGAACUCAGCAGAAUCGUAAGCUUCUUGGACUUAGAUCCGCUGUCACGAGACGCACUCCUUAACAUCACAUCAUCAUCCAGAGAGAAUCAGAGAACUCAGAAAGAUAGAUCUCUGGGUGGCUUACUUCCCGAAUCCCGACGGCUACUUGAAAAGCUUUACAAACCCUUCAAGGAAGAUCUAGCGCAGUUGCUACAGGAUGAUAAGUACUUGUGGAAUGGAUAAGCAUGACAGUAGAUCUCCUGGUGACGUAGUUUCUGUAUCACGGUUGUUGCUUGAUGAAUUGUACAAAUUCUUCAAGGACGAUCCUAGCGCUGUUGCUACAUCAUGAUAUUUACCUUUGGAUUGGAUCAACAUUUUGAUAAAUCAACGGGAAAUUUCUGCAUCACAACAGAUACUUGAUGAAUUGUACAAGCCCUUCGAGGAAGAUCUAGCGCAGUCGCUAUAAGAUGAUUGUACAUGUGCCAUCUCUAUAGCUGACAUACUUUCUGCAUCACGACUGUUAUUGAUGAAUUGUAUAAAUUCUUCAAAUAAGAUCUAGCGCAUUGGCUACAGGACGAUAAGCACUUGUGGAAUGGAUAAGCAUGACAAUAGAUCUCCUGGUGAUGUACUUUCUGCAUCACGGUUGUUGCUUGGUGAAUUGUACAUAAUCUUCAAGGACGAUCCUAGCGCUGUUGCUACAAUCAGGAUAAGUAACUUUGGAUUAGAUCAACACUCUGAUAAAGCAACGGGGAAUUUCUGCAUCACGACAAUUACUUGAUGAAUUGUACAAGCCCUUACAGGAAGAUCUAGCGCAGUUGGUAAAAGACCAAAAACCAUUCCUGUGGAAUGGAUGAACAUGACAAUAGAUGUCAAGGUGACAUACUUCCUGCAUCACGGCUGUUUAAUAUUGAUGAAUUUUACGAAUUCUUCAAGGACGAUUUGGUCCCGUAAAUUAGGUGUAUACCGAGCCUUAUAUGAACAUUGUCAUUGCUACAAGAGUAUUAUCGGCUAAGAAAGUUUUCUAUCGAACCUGUUGAUCACUGUUUAAUAUAAGACUAUUUAUUAUAAUCACUACUUAAUAUAAGACAAACAGUAAGAACCAAAUACUUUCGUCUACUGGUAAAGAGUGGAGGUGAAGGCAGACUUCGGGAAAGGCAGUAAGUGGGAAGUUCAGGAGGCCGAAAAGGGAAAUUCACAGGAUACAAUUAACACAGAUGAAGAAGCAAUCACUACAUUUAAAUGAAGCAUAUUAUUUUGUUUGAUUAUAAAGCUCGAUGUGUCUAUUCAUUCAUUGAGAUUACUUCCCUUUUUCCUCUGACGAUAUAUAUGUUUGAGGCGAUUACGAUGUAUAACAAGAGGAAUGCCUCUGGCCGCCUCACCUGCAUCACGCGAUUCAACAUAGCGGCAGUGCUGACUUUGAAA